AUGAAGUAUUUUGCCCAAGAAUUUAAAGACUUGAAUUCAAGUGAAAAUGGAGUUGUAAAAAGGUCAUCAAAACUAGCCAAGUUAGACCCAAUUGUUCAUAAUGGAGUUCUACGUGUAGGCGGUAGACUUAAGAAACUGGAUACAACUCUAAACAGUAAACAUCAAAUAAUUAUUCCUAAAGAGUCUGUAUUAGCCAGUUUGAUAGCAGAGGAAGCACAUAAAUCUGUCGGACACUUGGGGAAAAAUUCAACGCUGGCACAUAUCCGUGAGAAAUAUUGGAUUCUUGGUGUGUCAUCAAUUGUGAAGUCAAUCAUUUCCAGAUGCGUUAUAUGCAGAAAAUAUCAGGCACCUGCUUUGAAACAGAAAAUGGCGGACCUUCCCAGCGAGAGACUAAAAGCUGAUGACCCCCCUUUACUCGAGUGGGCAAGGAUUAUUUUGGUCCGUUUGAGCUUAAAAGAGGAAGAAGCAUAA